CCAACACAUUCUGUCCACCAUGUCAUCCCAUCACGACUACAAGAGGAGAGAUAGGAGCUGGGAGCGCGACGAGCGUGAUAGAGCCCGCGGUGGCUACCGCGGAGGCCGGAGAAGUCGUUCCCGCAGCCCACCGCGCAGGGGCGAGAGGGAUAGGCGUGGGGGACCAGGAGACCGCAGGGACAACUACGGCCGAGACAGAGUUGACGACCGCCGGGACCCGAGACGGGACGAUAGGCGGGACGACAGACGACGGGAUGACCGGGACAGGAAGGACCAUGACAGGGACCGGGAUCGGGAUGGCAGACGUGAACCACUUCCACCGCCUAGGGACGGUGACCGGGAUAGACAUGACAGAGACAAGGACGGCCGGCCAGGAGACCGCACUGCAGAACACGAUUCGAGACCUGCUGGUGCACUAGAAAGGCAGCAGCCAGAUACGCCCGAGCCUUCUAGCUCUCGCCCCCGACAGGAUUCCGCGGCUCUCACAGAAGCAGAAGGUGCGGAAGAAGGAGAGGCGAUGGAAGCGACCAACGAAGACGAUGCUGCCAUGAUGGCUAUGAUGGGCUUGACUGGGUUUGGAACCACUAAAGGCAAGCGCGUCGAGGGUAACCAGGAGGGUGCCGUGGACGUCAAGAAGCAGCGAACAUGGCGGCAGUACAUGAACCGGCGUGGCGGUUUCAACAGGCCUUUGGACAAGAUCAAGUAGCUUCUGGCAUGUUGAGCGGCCACGUUCUUCGCUCUAUUUGUAUUUCCCGCUCUGCACAGUUGAGUCGUGUUUCGUUUCAUAAUGUAAAGAUGAUGCUAGCCUGAAGCAAUCAGAACAUGGACGGUCGCUAGAAAAGUCGUAUUGCCUUGGGAUGAUCUGCGUAUGCAGGUGAGUGUUCCUCAAGCGGCCGUGACGGAAUUGAAGUGCAGGGUAGCACUUGGUUGUCUGUAACAACCUCAUGGAAGCGAUGCAUGUUGUAGAUCGACUGCCCAGAGAUCGCUCGAUCGCAGUCGACCCUACCAGUUCCAAUACUAGAUAUAAUCACACUAGCUUCCGUUCGAAGAAU